CAGCCCCGCCACCAAGGUAGCCAACAUAUAUAAGACUAGGCAGGGGCGCUUCGGAACUGAGAACACAACACAAGUUAAGCAAUUGUUUUCUAUUUGGACAAUUUGUACCUCUACGCACCACGCACUCCGAACACUCUCAAACAUGCCGGUCCCACUUCCAUCCGCGUCGACGGAAUCCUCGGCGACUCAAACCACAACUUCAGCAACCGCCCAGACGGCCCAUGAAGUAUCCAACCAAUCUACACAGGGUGUAGCGUCGACGAACCAUCAACAGAAGACUGACGCGGAACUUGAGGCAGAGAGGCUGUAUGAGGAGAGGAUCGAGGAGGAGUACGCGAAGAGGGAAGGCGGAGCGUAAUUCCGCGUUGACUGAGGCCAACACCACUUUCACUACCACAACAAAUCUAGAAGCCGGUUGAAUCAAUGAUA